AUGGAAAACGAGGAUAAUAUACUUUUGAAAACAUUUAAUGAACAUAAUGAAGUGGGCGGAGGAAGAGGAGGAAUACGUUCAUCAGAUUCCCUAGCAAAUUCAAAUUUAAUGAUAACAUUACCAUUAGGUGAAGAUUCCACCAUUACACUAGAUCGUUCUCCAAACGCGGUGCAAAAUUUUCUAAUAGAACAAGAAUUAAAACAACGAUCAAAUAGUAUUUCGUUGCAAACCGCCCUCACCAAUUUAUCCUAUAUUGCGAUAUGGUAUUUUUUCUCGACCGCUCUCUCGUUCUAUAAUAAAUAUUUGAUGGGAAAGCAUAAAUUUAACUUGAAUUUACCGAUAUUGGUGAGCGCAUUGCAUUCUGGCAUGCAUUUUUUGAUUACUUCGGUGUUGAUGCGUGGAACAUGUUCUGCGGUGUAUCGAAAGUCAUCGAUGGAGAGUAGCGGUAAGACAUUAGUGUCGAGACAAAGUUACAUGUCUAGAGUGGUUCCAACUGCUAUUGCUGCAGCACUCGAAAUAUGUAUGUCUAAUGCUUCACUAGUAUUUAUCACUCUAAGUUUUUACACAAUGGUUAAAUCGUCAAGUCCAAUAUGGGUAUUAGUAUUUUCAUUCAUUUUCAGAUUAGAGCAGCCACGACUCAUUCUCGUAGCAAUAAUCUUAAUAAUAAGUUUAGGCGUAGUAUUAACAGUAGCCGGCGAGACCAAAUUCAAUCUCGCUGGCUUCAUAUUAGUACUCGGAUCCGCAAUAAUAAGUGGUCUUCGAUGGUCAAUAACACAAAUGUUAUUACAAAAAGAAGAAGGAAUCAACCACCCAAUUGCCACACUCUACUACUUAUCACCAAUAAUGUGCUCCAUAAUGACCGUUCUUUCGCUGAUUAUCGAAAACCCGUUUGCUCAAUUCGCCAAUUCACCACAUUUUCGUGAUGCCGCUACUUCAUUACAUACAUUCGUGUUGAUGUUGUCUGGUGGUUUUUUGGCAUUUUGUAUGACUAUCGCGGAGUUUGCUCUUAUUAAAAAUACGAGUACGGUGACAUUGUCGGUUGCCGGGAUUAGUAAGGAACUUUUGAUUAUUGGGUUGUCGGUUCUGAUUAAUCAUGACAAGUUGACAAAUAUCAAUCUACUUGGUACUAUGCCGGAUGUGAUUUCAAAAGAAGACAAAAAACAAAAUAACCAGAAAAAAACUGAGCCACAAAUAGAGCAAGAAACUGAAGCACAUAUAGAUUCUGAAAUUAGCUUAGACACAGCCGAAGAAGAGAAAACCAAUAGUAACAAUAAUAGUUCAACGCCGUCGAUUGCCUCGUCUGCUUCAAAUACUGACAGCUCGGGAAAAAAGAAAAAAUCGUCGUCACUUGAAGCUCCGACAGACAAUUCUGGGUCUUCGAAAUUUAGAUUAUUUAGAGUCUGGGGUAAUAACCAAGAUUCUGAAUAUAAAGCUUUAGAGAAGGCUCUAGGAAGAUUCCAAUCAAAAGAUCGUUAUAAAGUUGAUAUUCUAAAAACUCUUGUAAUUCCAUGGCUAAAGAAAAAUAAUUCAAUAAAUGUCGCCGAUAAAUAUCUUCAACACGGUCGUAUGGUAUUACUGAAAUGGUGGAAUAUUUUAAUAGCGAAUUUACCGAAUGCGGCGUACACCGAUCGUACCUUAUAUUUCGAAUAUUGGAUAGGUCCAUUACCACAAUCCGAUCGAGGAGACUCGUAUAAUGGAAUUCCGAUAGAAUCAAUCAUAUCGUAUCGUGGAGCUUUAUUAUCAACGCUUAGUUAUGCCAUUGAUCGAUUAAAUCAAAAGGGUGUUUACUCGAACGUGAUUUCUUUUUGUGCUCGGGUGUUAGCAUUAUGUUUCUUUAAAAUUCCAAGCGUUGGGUUUGCCUUGUUGCAAGGAUUACCGGUUAAAAAGUUGCAUAUUAAGAGAAUGUUAACGGAAACUGUCGGAGAUUUUGAAUCGAAUGAAGUAUGGAUUAGAAAACAGAACGAAAAAAUUCUACCAAUAUUUCCCGAUCAUCUUAAUAUUCUUUGUUUUUCGAAUUUACAAUCGUGGUGGCGACAAUUUGAAAACGCGAAAAAAAUUUUGGGUGAGCCGCCUAUUGAGAUGGCUGGUAAUUGGAUAAGAAGAUGGCAAAGCGAUGAUAGCGAAUUAUUUUUCUCGUUUUACAAACAUUAUCAUGUUGUUCUGAAAAAUUACCUAUCACCACACCUUUCCUCAUUAGCAACAUCAACCACAGCGACGACAUCACCGUCAUCAAAGUUUUUAUCAAAUCCCGUGAAUUAUAUUACAACACCGGGUUAUUUACACUUAUCUGCUUUUUUCCUAAACAAAAUAGAAUCUUUAGUACAUCGUAAUAUACACACCAUCACCACUGUAAUACAGUUUGAGCAUCCCCGUAAUGUGUCUGGUGGUGCUAUGGCAGGUGCUGGUGGUGGUAAUUCUAUGACAGGUGGUGGUGUUCUUGAAAUGGCUGGACGUAGAUUUGUUGAGACACUUGUCUCAAUUGUGGAGCAUGACAUAUAUGAAGAUAUGUGCAAUCAUUGGAUAAAAGCUGUUGUGAAGAAAACAAAUAUGUAUGAUGUAGAAGGCGUAUUUUGUCUGCUAGAUUUCCUCGACACGUUAAUAAUGGAACUGGAUGGAAGGGAUAGUAUAGAUACAUCCAAUGACCAUCAAAUCCCUGACAAUAUAAACAUAAAUUUUUCCACCUCAUUUUCUUCCAUCAGUUCAUCUUCCUCGUCUAGUAGCGCCGGUGGACUAAUUAACAUCCUCGACAUACCAUUUUAUCUCUCGUUAAUCAAGUUACUUCUGAGCAAAUCUGACCACACAAUCACCCUUUUACGUACCCUAAGUUUUAUAUAUACCCAUUUCUAUUUACUCACCUCGAAACCAAGUUACCUCGAUCAACUGGUUAAAGAUUUAUUAUUGGGGGAAGAGAUGUUUGAACGGUUAUUUUGCCAUUGGUCGCGGAAUGUGCGCAUUUAUUUUAUACGAUUGUUGAUUUGGCGCGUCUCGAGGGUUGCCGGCGGGGCAGGUCUUGCUGGAGUUGGUAAUGGAUUUCUUUUUGGAAAUGGUGAAGGCAUAAGAGCAGGCAUUUUCGAGGAGGAAAUACAACGAAAAAAGAAGGAACCAAUUGACAGUGCUGUGUCUUUUGACGCUAAUGUUGAAGAGAGUAUUAUUGAUCGAAUUGAAAAUAUACGACUUUGUCAUGAAUUCUUUUCUAACUAUGUUGCUGAUAGUAAAAGUAAUGGAGAUGCUUUAGGAAAGGCUGUUACCGGUGAAGAAAAUGGCGAAUCAGCCGCAUCAACAGAAAACACCCAUGAUAAAAGACAUUCAUCUAUCAAUAAUAAUUACACUUCUAACACUAAUAAUGACACAAAAAAAGGAUCGAAAACAUCCGCAUCCCCCACACCCUCUCGCCAAAAUUCAAAUCAAAAAAAGAAAAAGAAAGUCAAAGAUUUGAUUGCCAUGCAACCUUCUGCAUCCGCAUCUACAUCUGGUAAAAAUCUUUCUUCAGCCGCUUGUCUCUUUCGUUGGAUGCUUCCAACUCCUUCAUUGUCAUCAUCAUCAAAGAAUUUUCGUCACUCUUAUCCCAAUUAUCACAAACGUGGAUCGAGAUUAUCCACAUAUA